AUGCAGAGCCCAGCAAACGGUAUUGGUGAUGAACCUCCCAAGAGGCACUUCAACAUGUUGUACGCCAACGAGCACCUUCAGCGUAUGAGACCCAAAAACAUCAGUCUCAGAAAUUUCCGAACUCAGCAAAUGCCUCGCAUGUCGGCUGCCGAAAACUUGCAAGUUUUGCGCGAUCUGAAGAUUUGGGCUGCCGAAACCAAGAAAACCAGCAGGACUGCCACCGGAAAAGGGAUUGCCCGAUUGGUAGAGAAGAUUGUAGCGGAUGGUCGAGUCAGCAAAGAAGAUGAAAGUAUUAUAUUGUACACAAUUGAGGCCCAACGGGGAUGGUGGUCUUCUAUGAUUGUUAUGGAUACCUUGAUUCUGGCUAUUUUUGCGGCGUUGCUGAUUUACGAACAACCAGCUGCCAAGGCGGAUCCUGAACUUUUUUCGGCGCAGACCCGAGAGAUUCUGAUAUUCAUCUACAAUACCUGUAUUGCACUUACAUUUUAUGGGGCUCUGACACAACUGUUUGUGAUACUGUUGCUUUUUGCUUUGACAUCCUACACCUUUGAAGUCAAGGCGGUGCUCUUCUUCUUUGUCAAUUGCCACAGCUUACUGGUGGCACUCAAUUCAUACGGUAUGGCUUUUAUUCUUCCUGGCAUGACAAUCAGUCCUGUGAUUGGACAGAUUCUACAUGUUGGGUUUGUGUAUUCCAUACCAUCCAUCAUAUUGUCGAUCGCUUCCAUGAUAAUGGUGUCCUACAUCUAUCUGGUUUACAUUGAACCCGUAUUCACUGGCUUGUACAAUCAAGAGUUUGAAAUGACUCAACGGGCAGACUCGAAAAGCAUGCAUUAUGAAAACGACGACUCUGACGAUUAUGGUAUUGAAGAGAUCAGUCACCUCAGGAACAACCAGGGCUUGGGUGUUCCGGCAUUGGGAAAUCUUGAUCCCAUGCUGCUGAAUUCUUUCGACACUCAAUCGAAUGGGUUCAAAUUCAGUGAUCAGGCUACUUUGUUGGUGUAA